UCUGGCCAAUGCUGGGAUCUGGGAUCUAGUCGCCCCCUUCCUGCCUCCUUCCCUCCCCUCCCCAACCCCUUCUCUCAUCUACACACCACCCACCCCCACUCCCACCUACCCAAAGGGUCAAGAGCAAAGACACCGGGAGAAGGCAAGGGCUAGUCCCAUCUCCCCAGAUUCAAGGAGGCCUUGGGCAGGGAUUGCACUGAGUGACAACCUUUCAGGAAGCCAGAAAGAGAAAGAAAGAAAAAUAAAUAAAUAAAACCCAGAGACCUAGCCAGGACUCUCGGGGACCACGAAGCUCGACGCUGAACCGAGAGUACCGAGAUUUUAAGUGAGAGAACCCAGUCCUAGGACACUCGCGCUGCCUGCCUCCCAUCGAGGGUACACAGAACUGUGAUCGUGAGCUCCCUGUCACUGGUCUCGUCGCGCUAGGUGAGCGCCCGGCUCUCCCAUUGGUAUGCAGCGACCAUUUCCCUUCGAGUCUCAAAGGUGGAAACACUUAAAAGGAUUACAAGCGUGAUUUGGUGGCCUUUCUGAAAGUUGGUGGACGGAGGGAGAGGAACUGCAAGCCUACGGCAUAAUGGAUACAAUUCAGCCGCCCAGAGAGUUUGCACCUCCCGCUGGGAAGCCCCUCGGAGCUCAUCUCGGAAAUCUAGAGCGCUCGGCGCGGAUAGGUGGAAGCAAACACAUGGCUGUUGAAUCCAGGGGAAAUCGAAGGCUUUGAGCUGCAGCACAACAAAAGGAUUCCUGGUGCAAAGAGAUCGAAGCAAAAUGCAGGAGACACUCAGUCCAAGUCCCUCAGGCUGCCUGAGCUCUUAUUCGGGACACCUAAGCAGAAUCAGCUAGAUCCAGCUCUUCUCUGGGGACCUGAAUUUCCCUUUAUCCCCGCCUUUGGAAGGGGAAUGUCUGUGCUAUGAAAAGGAUAAUUCCAAAGGAUAAUCUUACUUUUCAACCAGUCUACACUAGAGAGACGAGCUUUGGAAACCAGAAGAGCAAACCAGUCAGAUGAUUUCCUUGAGAGUUAAAAACAGUAUUUUUUUUUUUUAAGGGAAAAAAUGCCUACACCCCUCCCCCUCCACCUUCCCCACCAAAGGAAUGUUUCCUUUAGGUUGGCUUCUGCUUCCGUGUUUCUUAUUUUGACAAUUUGUUAAGUCGAUCCCUUCACUUCUUUUCUUGCCCCUUAAACACACACACACACACACACACACACACACACGCACGCACGCGCGCGCGCGCACACACACACACACACACACACACACACACACACUCUCUAUAGUCAGGGCUUCGUAGUGCUCGCUCCCGACCCAAGCUAAGCGCGUUCCCCUUCUUGGAGCUCAUUUUCGUGACGUGGAAAGCCGGAUCCAGGGUUACAGCACAUAUUUAAAAAAAAAAAAAAGCCAGCACAAGAGAAGUCCGAGAUUCUGCACUGAGAUUGAGCCUGCCUUCCUGCCUGCCUCCCUCCCGCCCUUCCUCCCAGUGCCCAAUGAUGUGCUGCCGGUACCCAGCAAGAGCAGCCACGGCGGCAGCGGCGGCGGCGGCGGCGGCGGCGGCAGCGAAGCUGGAAGCCUGCAGCAGCCCCUUCUCCUCCCUCCUCUAUUGAGUGUGCCAAGCGGCAGUUCUGCAUUCUAAAGAAGCCCAUUGAAAGGCCCAUUGCAUUCCCAGCACGUCUCAAGCUUGCUGCUUGUAUUUUUUCUCUUCGUCUCCCCCACCCACCCCCUCUAUCCCCCUUUGCUUCAGCUUCAGCAAAAGGAAGGGAGGGAGAGAGAGAGAAUCCUUAAACUCAAGCUUUUUUUUUUUUUUUUUUCCUUCCAAUGUUAAAUACUUAAAAAAAAAAAAAACCUCCUGCAAAAUAGUUUUGUAAUCAACUACGAACGAUGAAAUCUUCCAUAGCUGAGAUGCUUCACAGAGGGAGGAUGUUGUGGAUAAUUCUUCUAAGCACAAUUGCUCUAGGAUGGACUACCCCAAUUCCCCUGAUAGAGGACUCAGAGGAAAUAGAUGAGCCCUGUUUUGAUCCAUGCUACUGUGAAGUUAAAGAAAGCCUCUUUCAUAUACAUUGUGACAGUAAAGGAUUUACAAAUAUUAGUCAGAUUACUGAGUUCUGGUCAAGACCUUUUAAACUGUAUCUGCAAAGGAAUUCAAUGAGGAAAUUGUACACCAACAGUUUUCUUCAUUUGAAUAACGCUGUGUCCAUUAACCUUGGGAACAAUGCAUUGCAGGACAUUCAAUCAGGAGCUUUCAAUGGUCUUAAGAUCUUAAAGAGGUUAUAUCUACAUGAGAACAAACUAGACAUCUUCAGAAAUGACACCUUCCUUGGCUUGGAAAGUCUGGAAUAUCUGCAGGCAGAUUACAAUGUCAUUAAACGUAUUGAGAGUGGGGCAUUUCGGAACCUAAGUAAAUUGAGAGUUCUGAUUUUAAAUGAUAAUCUCAUCCCCAUGCUUCCAACCAAUUUAUUUAAGGCUGUCUCCUUAACCCAUCUGGACCUACGUGGAAAUAGGUUAAAGGUUCUUUUUUACCGAGGAAUGCUAGACCACAUUGGCAGAAGCCUGAUGGAGCUCCAGCUGGAAGAAAAUCCCUGGAACUGUACAUGUGAGAUUGUGCAGCUAAAGAGUUGGCUGGAACGCAUUCCUUACACUGCCCUGGUGGGAGACAUCACCUGUGAGACCCCCUUCCAUUUCCAUGGAAAGGAUCUGCGAGAAAUCAGGAAGACAGAACUCUGCCCCUUGUUGUCUGACUCUGAGGUGGAGGCUAGUUUGGGGAUUCCCCACUUGUCAUCAAGCAAGGAGAAUGCAUGGCCGACUAAGCCUUCCUCAAUGUUGUCCUCUGUCCAUUUCACUGCUUCUUCUGUUGAAUACAAGUCCUCAAAUAAACAGCCCAAGCCCACCAAACAGCCCCGAACACCAAGGCCACCCUCUACAUCCCAAGCUUUAUACCCUGGUCCAAACCAACCUCCCAUUGCUCCUUACCAGACCAGACCACCCAUUCCCAUUAUAUGUCCUACUGGGUGUACCUGUAAUUUGCACAUCAACGACCUUGGCUUGACUGUCAACUGCAAAGAGCGAGGAUUUAAUAACAUUUCUGAACUUCUUCCAAGGCCAUUGAAUGCCAAGAAACUUUACCUGAGUAGCAAUCUGAUUCAGAAAAUAUACCGUUCUGAUUUUUGGAAUUUCUCCUCCUUGGAUCUCUUGCAUCUGGGGAACAAUCGUAUUUCUUAUGUCCAGGAUGGGGCCUUCAUCAACCUGCCCAACCUAAAGAGCCUCUUUCUCAAUGGCAACGAUAUUGAGAAGCUGACACCAGGCAUGUUCCGAGGACUACAGAGUUUGCACUACUUGUACUUUGAGUUCAAUGUCAUCCGAGAAAUCCAGCCUGCAGCCUUCAGCCUCAUGCCCAACUUGAAGCUGCUAUUCCUCAACAAUAACUUGCUGAGGACCCUCCCGACAGAUGCCUUUGCAGGCACAUCCCUGGCCCGGCUCAACCUGAGAAAGAACUACUUCCUCUACCUUCCUGUGGCUGGCGUCCUAGAACACUUGAAUGCCAUUGUCCAGAUAGACCUCAAUGAGAAUCCUUGGGACUGUACCUGUGACCUGGUCCCCUUCAAACAGUGGAUUGAAACCAUCAGCUCAGUCAGCGUGGUGGGUGAUGUGCUUUGCAGGAGCCCUGAGAACCUCACCCACCGCGAUGUGCGCACCAUUGAGCUGGAAGUUCUCUGCCCAGAGAUGCUGCACGUCCCACCAGCUGGAGCAUCCCCAGACCAGCCUGGAGAGUCUCACCUUGCUGGGGGGCCAACGAGUGCAUCACCUUAUGAGUUCUCUCCCCCCGGGGGCCCUGUGCCACUUUCUGUGUUGAUUCUCAGCUUGCUGGUUCUUUUCUUUUCAGCAGUCUUUGUUGCUGCAGGCCUCUUUGCCUACGUGCUCCGACGGCGCCGGAAGAAGCUGCCCUUCAGGAGCAAGCGACAAGAAGGGGUGGACCUUACCGGCAUCCAGAUGCAAUGCCACCGGCUGUUUGAGGAUGGUGGGGGUGGUGGAGGUGGAAGUGGAGGUGGGGGCCGAGCGACUAUUUCGUCCCCAGAGAAGGCCCCUCCUGUGGGCCACGUAUAUGAGUACAUCCCCCACCCAGUGACCCAAAUGUGCAACAACCCCAUCUAUAAGCCUCGUGAGGAGGAGGAGGUGGCUGUUUCAUCAGUCCAGGAGUCAGGGAGUGCAGAACGAGGGGGUCCUGGGACACAGCCACCAGGAGUAGGUGAGGUUCUCCUAGGAAGUGAGCAGUUUGCGGAGACACCCAAGGAGAACCACAGCAACUACCGGACCUUGCUGGAAAAAGAAAAGGAGUGGGCCCUGGCAGUGUCCAGCUCCCAGCUCAACACCAUAGUGACGGUGAAUCAUCAUCACCCUCACCCUCACCACCCAGCAGUUGGUGGGGUUUCUGGGGUAGUUGCGGGAACUGGGGGAGACUUGGCUGGGUUCCGCCACCAUGAGAAGAAUGGUGGGGUGGUGCUGUUUCCUCCUGGGGGAGGCUGUGGCGGUGGCAGUAUGCUCCUAGACCGAGAGAGGCCACAGCCAGCCCCCUGCACAGUGGGAUUCGUGGAUUGUCUCUAUGGCACAGUGCCCAAGUUAAAGGAACUGCACGUCCACCCUCCUGGCAUGCAAUAUCCAGACUUACAGCAGGACGCCAGGCUCAAAGAAACCCUUCUCUUCUCGGCUGGAAAGGGCUUCACAGACCACCAAACCCCAAAAAGUGAUUACCUCGAGUUAAGGGCCAAACUUCAAACCAAGCCAGAUUACCUCGAAGUCCUGGAGAAGACAACAUACAGGUUCUAACGAAAAAAGAAAAAUAAAUUAGUGCUUUUUUUUUUCAAAAGAAAAGGAAAAUAAAAGAAAUACCCCUUGCUCCCUUUACACUUGUCCCAAUAACUCCAUUCUCACAAACUUCCCUGCCCUGAACAGGACUGAAACCGCAUGAUAACUAGAAAAUACAGAUGUAUGCUCUCCCCUCUCAGAUGUGAUUUGGAGGAAGGGCCAUACUCAGAUCAUUAAUCAAUGAAGUGCCUUCGCAGACUUUUGCCAGCAAAUGUUAUCAUUAUUUUUUUAUACUGAAACUUGAGACUUUGACUGUGCCAUGUAUAAGGUAUAUUGGGGAUCGUUGUAUUGAUCCUAAUUAAGUAAAAUUCAACGUGUCUUUUUAUUUUCAGUAAUUUUUUUUAGUUGUAGUUUCGUUUGACAGGGAGGGGGGAAAACAAAUUGACAUUUGUGGCUUUCUUUCCUCUUCCCAUCAUGGCACAGAUUCUGUACAUGUAUUAACAAUGCAGUUUGCUGCAUGCCUGGAAACUGCAAGACGGGGAGGGAGGGGGCGGGUCUUGCUUGAAUGUUCUCACCCACUCUUUUUUCUGUCACACACAUACCCACAUGCAAAUCACCAAUCGCUGCACACCAUUAGGUCCCUAAACCUGCAGCCUCUUCCUUCUGGUACAGGUACACACACAUGCAGACGUAUAAACCUGCACAUGCAUACACACGCGCGCACACACACACACACACACACACACAAAACACACACAAACAUACACACCCCAUUCCCUUUUAACACUAUCUAAUUAUUUCGGGUUUGAUCCAUUCCUCUCCUCUUCAUAGCUUCACCUUCCCUUCACCCCUAGUGUACAGCUCUCGCCUACCACCCUGGGAAAGGUCAUAUUCUAGGUUGGAUCCUAAUGAAGUGGAGGCCUGGUUUAACAGCCAGAGGCACAUACCUAGGGAUGAGCACCCUCUUUGUGACACUUCAUCCUGAUGCCAAGAGUUUUUGGAGACCAUCUGCACUUUCUUAUAUAUAUAUAUAUAUAUAUAUAAUAUUAAAAAAAUAAAAAAGCAACUGGGUAUAUAUCACUAACAGCUUUGUAGGAAGCACUUUUAAUGUUUUCUCUCACACACAAAGAUUCAAAAGAAAUGUGCAUAUAUUUAUUCUGUAAUUUCAGUGAUUAUAAAUUGUAAAGGUAAUGUUUAAUCAUUGUAUAGUGAUUAUGCGUCUGGUAUAGCUUUCCUAAUAAAGAGUUUUUGAAAAAUAUAAUACAUUAUAUAUAGAGGACACCAAGCUUGGACCUGAAACCACAGCUAUGCCGUGCCUUUUGUGCUCCCACUUUUUUGAACCUUUCUUUUACUUGUUAUACAGAAAGCUGGUUUAUUAAUAAGUUUGAUGCACUGUGAUGUUGAUAAAUCUUAUAACCCACCACCCCCAUCACAUGCCAGGAUACAGUCGGGACUUAAAAAAAUCUGAUUUAUAUAGUUCACUUUUAUUUUUGUCUUGAAUUAUGAAUCUCAAACUCACCGGUUUUCCUAGGCAGGCUGUGACUGGGGGAAAAUAGAGUAACUAGAUUGCUAAGAAGUAUAGGAUUAUAUAGAGGAGGCAAUCAAGGAUCCAUGCACCUUAAAAUAGUAAAUGACAGAAAGAAAAAGGAAAGUGAAAUUGCUAUUUUUAAAAACAUGAACCAGAAUAUCACACACACACACACACAAACACACACACACCACACACACGCACACACAAUCAAAAUCUAAGGCCUUGUAGCCAAUUUGACUGUCAGAAUGCUGUUAUCUGUACAAGUGGUCACUGCUAUAUUUAGUUACUUGGUUUUUUCAGCCACUACUGCAACUGGCCCCAGUCUUGCUUGAACUAAGACAGGAGAUGCUGAAUGAGGUUUUCUUUCUGUAUGAUAUUAAACUCUAUGAUGUUUAAAAUUAAUCUCACAAUAACCCAAGUUAUUAUCCAUUUGCAUGUGAGCGAAACCAAAGAAAAUUGGAUUUUUAAGGUGCCAGUGUCUUGUUUGUGGAGGAAACUAAACUGAUAAAAAGAAACCUGAGCUUUGAGGCAGGCACUUAUCUCAUUACGCCAGUAGAGGGCAGCAGAGCUUCAGAGAUUCACAGACCCUGUUGCUGCAGAAUUACGCAGAGGGGCCAGUAUUCUCUGUUAGUUUUCUCAAGCUGCUCUUAGUAGAAAUUAUCAUUAUGUGUUGAAUGUAAUUCACCACAAGUCACUAAUGCCUUACAUCACUUUGUUUUUUUCCAUUAAAAAGACCAGCAGCUUCUAAAGCUGUGUGACUGAUAUAAAAACUAAGGCAUUGCACUUAAAAAAAAAAAAAAAAAAAAGCCCCAUGAAUGUCUAGAAAAACAUGUUUAUAAGUAUCUAUCUCUUGAUUAGUUAUGUAUGGGUAUCAACACAGGUAUACCUAAAAAUAAAAUUUAAAAAAACCCCACAUAUAUCAAUACAAAAAUGCAACUUUUCAGGGCUGCCUUGCAUUUGUCACAUUGUACCUAAAACUUUUGUCUUCCAUUAUUUGAGGUACGGUGGAAUUACUGCAGAUGAAGGAAAACAUGAUUCACCAUUUCUCUACAUACAAUAUUGAAAUGUAGCUUUCCUUAUGCAAGAGGAUCAAAUCCACAAUUAAUUAGGUGUCAUUCUCCCGUUUUGGUUUAUGUUCCACGUCUUUUUACUUUCCCCUAAGUUAGCUUUUUCAUAGUUAUCUCACUUUCCUUAUUCUUUCUAAUCAUCUUUCCCUCCUUUGAAGCCUUUUUUUAAGCACAGAAAGUCAGUGUUUUAAACACCUUUAAGUGUUUUAAACACCUUUAAGUGUUUUAAAAGCUUAUCUAUGGAGUCCCUCUAAAUUAGUGAUUUAUCAUGUUUCCAUUCCUCCUAAUAAAAUACUUUGGUGAAUAGUAGAAAGCAUGUGCAUAAUAAACAUUCAAAAUGCAAAGCUAGAUAUUUCCGACAGUAACCAUCAUUUCCUUAAUAACCAUGUGCACAUUCAUAACAUGGCAUAUUAUACAAAUCAGGUUAAAGUACAAUCCCUAAUGAUCCUGGUGCUUUUGACAUUUGAAAAAUGUGUGUCCAUAAACCGUAUCAAAUUACAAUAUAACUUGAUAAUUAUGUUUAUAUUUUAUUUAUUAAAUACAGAAAGAAUGUCUUACCUUAAAUAUAGAUAGUAAUUUUACUCUUGAAUGAGGAAUAAAUUUUAUUUAGUGAAAACAAAUUUAUAUGAGAAUGGAAUUUUGUAUUCAAGGGAGAUAAAUUUUUGCUUCCAUGGAGUUUUCUACCCCCUUCGCUAGGCUACUUACUUUAGCUGUCUAUUAGAAUUACUGUUGGAUUUAAUUUAUAAUACCAGGUAUGUUUUCAUAAAGUACCAUGGGUAUUAAUAUAGGUACUAUGAUUAGGAUUUGUUCCAUAUUUUUGCUGUAGUAAAACAUUAUUUUUGAGAAAAUGGUUGCUAGUUUACCUCAUAGUGGUGGUCAAUUAGACUGAAGCAGACCCAGAUCAGGCAGAUAUCUGCUAUUUAUUCAUUGCUACUUUAUUACAAAUUAUAGUAAUAAUAUCUGAAAUUAAUAAAAUGUAUUGUAAUGUUCUUUUACUGUAAGAUGGCUAGUGGAAAAUAGUUGAAAGUGAAAUAUUAGUAUGACUCAGUAAUAAUUUUAACAUUAUCAUAUACCAGCAUUACUUACAUGGAUGCUUUUGUUUUUAUCUUAAAAGCUACAUUAUUUCCUCCAAUUGAAAAUACUAAAAACUAUACAUACAUAUAUAUAUAUAUAUAUAUGUAUAUGUAUAUAUGGAUGAUAAACACCAUAUUUUAAAUAAAAAUUUACAGAGAGAGAGAUCACAAGGAAAGUUUAAUGACUGAGCCUUUGAUAAUUUGUCCCCUCCCCCCCCCUUAACUAGGAAUGUUAGUUUUAAACCCUUGAUAUCUGAGAAGAAUAUUUGGGUUUAGCACUAUAAAAAUUGAUAAUGCAAUCGCAUAACAUAAGGAAUUUUCUUUAACUAUUGUGACAUAUUAUUUUGAUUCACUUAGUGUAAAUCCAUUGUUCACAGAGUCCUAUCCGUUUGGAAUUAUGUUGUCUGAGCCAAUAAAUGUAAAAUAGCUAUAACAAAGGAAACAUUAAUGUAAUGCUUUACAAAAUGUGAGACAUAUGACUAUAACAAGAUGAGAGGAAAUGAUAAUAAAAAAAACACUCCAUCUUAAAUUUAGUUUAAUUUGAACUUAGACAUUUAUAACUUAUACUUAGCUCAAAAAUCCUCAACUGAAAAUUCAGGUUAACAGAUUACAAAUAAUAUCACUAAUUUCAUCAUAUAAGUAUUCAGUUUAAUAAUAUACUAUAGGCCUUUUAAAAUAGGAGCAAUAACACAUGUGUAAUUGGGCAAUCAUGUAUAUAUGUGUGUGUAUAACUAUUAUAUAUGUAUAUACACUGUAUAUACAUGUAUAUAGUUUAUAUAUGCUGAAUUAUAUUUACAUGUAAAUUAUGCACUUUUUCUCACAUGUAUAACAAUUUCAGUUUUAUGCAUUUAUUUUCUUUGCUUCUGUCUAGCUAAUGUCCAAGUGAAGAUGUAUGAAAUUAUGAGUCUUCACUUUGGAAAUGUUCACAUGUAAAAAGUAACACUGUAAUUAAUAUUUCUGAAUUUAAAAGUUCUUUUAUCUUUCAAUUUGUUUCCUUUUGUUGUUUAGGUCAUAGGGGACAAAUCUCAGUCAAACUGUGAUUUAUUUUAAGUCCUCAACCGUAAAAAAUCCUAAUAUCUUAUAAAUAUGCAACACAAGUCAAAUGAAAAACAAGUGCUCCUUUUCACUUUUCUAUUUCUAGAAUAAAUUUAACAGGUGAAAAUAAUUUCAGAGCAUUAUUAGUUUGACAAGACCUUUUGUCUUGAAAAAGUGAAAUCUUAAAAGCAAAAGCAAGAGAAGAAAAGUUCCUGUUUAAGACAUUCAUUUUCCUAUUUACUUCUUUUAAAUAUUAUCCUUUAUUUAAAAUGUAUAAUAGUAGCAAUAAUAAUAAAUAGAGAUAACCA